AUGCUAUGCCCACAAGAGAAAGAGGGCAUACAAGUUCUGGCUAUUAGCCCUGACCGGCGCUACCUGGCUGUGUCAGAAAGCGGAGUACAGGGCAUCUCUGUCUAUGACUUACAAAGUGAGCAGUGCACCAGGGUGAAGGUGCUGAUGGCCCAAGGCUUUGGCGUCCUGCAGUUUGUUUGUAUGGCUUUUUCUGCUGACUCCAAAUACCUACUCUGCCAGUCUGGAGGACCCGAAUGGACCCUCUUCUACUGGGACUGGAAGAAGGAUGAGGUCAUCGCCAUUGUGAACACCACAAGGGUCGGAAUUGUCAGUCAGGUCAGCUUUAAUCCAGUGGACAACACACGGAUUUGUGUGAGCGGAAAUCAUGUAUUCAAGAUUUUCCAGCUGGAGAAGGACUGCCUGAAAAAGAUCAGCACAUUUAAGAUGGACAGUGAAAACAUCAAGUCCCACGCGUGGCUGUCUGAGGAUAGCAUAGUCUUAGGGACAGAAAGGGGAAAGCUGCUGCUGUUGAAGGAUGGAGAGUUGCACAAAUUGCCAAGGCCUUUUGAGAGGGUGAAGAGCAACUCUUCAUCUACAGCUGCACUGCCCCACAUCACUGCCAUCAGGGCAUACUCUAAAGGGUUUGCUUGUGCAGGCAACUUGGGGGAAGUCUGCCUCUAUGAGAAGACUGAGGAAUACGGCUACAUGAAGGCCACAGAAAUAAGAAUUCCUCAGGACCCAUGCAGCAGUGAGCCGCAGGAGGUCAUCGAAAUGUGCCUGAGCCCCUCAGAGGAGACGCUGGCCAUAAGCACACAUCGAGGCCUGAUCUACCACGUCAACCUCGCCUCUGUUGAGCUUAGCCAGAGUAAGCAGGCCAACUUCGAGCACCUGUUCAACUCACUUCACUUAGGGAGCAUCACCGGUCUGUCAGUCUGCGACUCCAAAACCCUUUUUGCCACCUGCUCAAAGGAUAACACUGUGCGCAUCUGGAACUACAAGACCAAUUCUCUGGAGCUGCAAAGGAAGUUCCCUGAAGAGCCGACUUGCAUCUCACUGCACCCGAAUGGCCUAUCCAUCCUGGUGGGCUUCUCUACUAAAGUCUGCCUCAUGAACCUGUUGGUUGAUAGAUUCCACACUGUUCAGGAGUUUGACAUACAAGGCUGCAGUGAGUGUGUGUUCAACCAUGGCGGCAGCAUGUUCGCCACUGUCAGCGAAAACCUGAUAAGCAUCGUCAACAUCAGGACAGGCAAAAUAAUGAAGCUGAAUGGCCAAAUUAGCAAGGUGCAGUCAGUCACGUGGUGUACAAAUGACCUUCACCUGGUGUCAUGUGGGAUGGACGGCAGCAUCUGUGAGUGGAAUGUUUUGACAGGCGCCCGAUCUGAGAACAAGAAGAAAAUGUGCUCCUACAUGGAUGUGACGCUCUCGGACAGCAGUGAGAGCAUCUUCUUUGUAGGCGGUUCCAUGCUAUAUGAGUUCAGAGAUGGAGAGGUCGUAAGAGAAGUGGCCUCAACUGACACAGCCUUCACAGCCGUGGCAAUGACUCAUUCCAGCCAGGCAGUCUUUGUUGGAACUGCUGCUGGUACUAUCAGAGUCAUGCAGUACCCGUUAGAAGAGGAGACAUCCUGGACAGAGCAUCAGGCACAUUCUGGUCCCAUCACCAAAAUGAUUGUCACGCCUGAUGAUCAGUAUCUGGUGACUGCCUCAGAGGACGGCUCUCUCCUCAUGUGGUCAAUUACUGACCAGAAUGGAUGCAAGUUGAGCAUGGAGAAAGAAAUCUGCUUUUCUGAGGAUGUCCUCUGUAGCCAGGCUUUUCUGAAGAGAAAGGACCGGUCUAUACUUGAGGUUCAAUCCCAGAUGGAGUCACAGAAGGAGAGGCUAAAAUACAAGCUUAAGCAGACUCACAUGGACUAUGAGAAGAAGCUUGACAAAGACCAAGAGAGUUACCGCCAGCAGAUUGAGUCUCUGAAAGACCAGAUCCAGACACUGAAUAGUGAGAAGGAGGAAGAGAAGAUUUCUCAUGAGAAGGCCCUGGCUGAGAUGAGGGAGAACCAUGCUAAAGAGCUGAAGGAACAGACUUUGAAUACGAAGUUGAAUAAAGCCUUCACGGUCCAGGCUGAGAUACGUCUGAACUACGAUCAGAGACUGUUUGACCAAGUGGACAACCAUUUCCGUACCACUAUGGAUAUGAAACGGGCCUAUGAACAGAGGAUCCAGGAGCAACAGGACCAGAUGCAUUGUUGUGAAGAGAAGCUGAAGGAACUGCAGGAGAAAUUUGACUCUGAGUUUAAAGAUGACUUCCUCCAACAUGCUCAGGAGCUGCAGGCAGAGAAAGAGAUGAACAAGACUCUACAGGAUGAGAAGAAGCUCAUGGAAAAACAGUUGAUGCUGCUUUGGAAGGUAAAAGGAGAGAAUCAGGACCAGUGCCUUGAAAUCAGUCAGCUUGAGGCCAAAGUUGAGGAGAUAAAUGUCAAGAACAAGAAGGCCAUUAAAGAACUGCAGCAAAAGAUAAAAAAACAGGAAGAAGAGCUGUGCACAGAAAGGAAGAAGGUCAGAAACAUGAAAACGUAUGUGCAGAAGAUGAAGGCCGACAUCAAAAACUGCUCGAGCUUUGUCAAUCAGCCCCACCAGCUGAGGAAAAACUUCACCAGCCUCUAUAAGUCCUACAUCAAUGAUGUAGAUGUGACAGCCAGAGUGAAGCCUGGGGUCAGGCAGAGGGAGCAGCAGCAGAGGACAGCGGCUUCUUCAGCGCAAAACCAGGCUGUGGAGCCCAAAACUCAGGAAUCAGAUUGCUGUGAGAUCCUGAAGCAACAGACCGAGGUGCACCAGGAGGUGAAUAACUCUGAGGAGACGCUGACUGCGAUGCACACAAACCAUACAGCUGAGCUCGAAGAAAUCCUCCUUAAAUACGAACAGGAGCUUCAGGCAGAGAAGGAAACCUGCAGCCAACUUAAAUAUGAAAUGAAGCUCAUGGAGCAGCAGAUGGUGCAGUUCUGGAAAAUAAAAGAAGAAAUUGAGGACCAGAACCUCGAGAUCAACAUGUUAAAGGAGGAAGUGCAGAGCCUGCAUGGCCAGCAUAAGAUAUUCAAGAAAGUGAGGAAGGAGCAAAAGUCCGAGCAAAAGCCCGACCAGGAUAAGAACAUCCACCUCCAAGACAUAGUUCAGAUGUACGAGAAGAGCAAAAAACAGAAAAAGUCAGAUUUAAUCAGCAUCAACAAUCAGCUGGACGGACUGAUCAAAGACAGGACGAGACAAACAGAUGAAACUGACCUCGAGGAAGUGAAGAACAAGAUUGAUGAGAAAAAACUGUUCGUCAAAAAGCUCGGGGCUGAGGUGACGGAGAUGAACACCAAGUACCAGCAGACCAUUGAUGAACUGAAGGAGAAGCUGAAAGUAACGGAAAUGGAGUUGUGUAAAGAGAGGGAGAGGGCUAGAAACACGAAGCUUAUGUUGGACAGGAUCAAGGCUGACAUCCACACCUGCUCAAACUUCAUCCAGCAGCCGAGGAUGCUGAAGGAGAACUUCAUAAAGCUCCACAAAGAAUACAUCAAUGAUGGAGAGAGGAGAGCCUUGCCAAGAAUAGACAAGGACCACCGAGACAGGACACGGGAAAGCAGGACGACGAAGGUUAAUGCUCGUGUCAGCACAGCCAGGGACCCGCCGAAAACUGGAAGAUGCCCCGUGACCCUGCCCCCGCUGCUGACCAGAAGAAGGCAAAAUCCUUCUUUCCUUAAAGAAAUUCAAGCUUUCCACCGUAAAUUGUAAAAACAUCGGACGAUUGCCAGGAAGGUGUUGAACACUCGGAUAUAGGACAUAGUGGGAGAACCCUGAGCUAUCAGGAGUGCUCCACUGAAGAGCAGAUAUCCAUGUGUUCAACAUCAAAACUGGCAUUCAUAAAGUGCGGAAAAGAAAAACUAU